UUUUGCUCUAUAUCCUCUCCUCUCUGUCUUCAGAGGCCGAUGGCUUAAAAAAGGAGCAUCUUUUCACAUCAAUUCCAGUUAGGGCUUAUUACUUAUCCGAUAGUAUUGAUAUGGAAGGGUUAAUGGUUGAGAAUCAAGCCAAUUUGGUCCCCCAUACUCCAGGAACUGGCAGAUAUGCUGUUCUAAAAUUUGACGACCUUACUAAUUCUCGUGCUCCUCGAGAUUUGGGGGCUAAGUUAAUUGGAAUUUCUCACUCUUACAUGGUGGUUUUCCCAUAUGGAUCCGUCACGAUGUUUAAUGUGCAUGAUCACGAAAUUGAUAGGCACCUGGAAAUUAUCAAAAGACAUGCUUCAGGGUCGCUGCCUGAAAUGUUUAAGUGCAGUGGAGACUUGCCGGUGCCACGGAAUUACUUCGAUUACGAGGUGAGAGAAAAGCCGGAUUUACAAACGUGGAUGCAAGGUGGGCCAAACUAUAUAAUGCUGCAGCACUUGAACAUUGAUGGUAUCUGUACGAUUGGUAGUGUUCUUGGCCAAAGUGUUGCUCUUGAUUACUACUGUCGCCUGGUUGAUCAAUUGGUUAACGAAUAUUCAGGCGUAAAUUUUCGAUUGGAGGCAAGUGGUGCUUGUAAAAAAGGGAUAAAGCAGACGAUACUGCUCUGCGAGAUGGAGGACAUUGCAAUUGCUAUUUAUAGGUUUGGGCUAUCUGAGAGAUCAGAUAUUGCUUGGGAAGAUGACACCAAGUACUCACAAAUGUUGGACUACCUUCUGGACAACUUUAACAUGGUUGAGAGAUUUGAGGGAUUGGAUCGUAAGUUCAAGAUUGGAGAGUUGCUCUUAGGGUUGCUACACAGGAUUAUGGAGAGACUUUCUCACUUGAAUAAACAAGAAACAGUCACGAGGCUUGAAAGUGCAUGCAUAGACCAAAGAGAGAAAAAAUCCAAGGGUUUCAGACUUAGUAGGACUAAAACCGAGUAUACGAGGUGUGAGUUCAGCGAUGCUAGAGCAGAGGAUAGAGAUGUCAUUUUGCACGGGCAGUAACUAGUAAGGAUACUUUUCGAUAUUCAGGAUCGAUGCUGCAAAGUGAUAGCGAGAUUGAUGAGGAUGUUGGUCAUAGGAUUGCGUGAGAUGGACGAAAUGGCGACAAGCAACAGGCAUCUUGCGUGAUAAAAAGUUCCGCAAAAGGCAAGUUAUAUAGGACUGUGAUCAGACCUGCGAUGUUGUAUGAUGCAAAAUGUUGGGCUAUUAAAAGGAAACACAUUCAUAAGAUGAGUGUACCAGAGAUGUGUAUGUUGCGGUGGAGUUCUGGUCAUACUAGACAAGAGUGAAUUAAAAGUGACAAUAUACACGAUAAACGUGGAAAUAAGAGAAGCUUAUUCAACAACGAAUGGGAUGGUUUGGACAUCUCUAACAGAGACCUCUAGAGGCACCAGUUCGCACUGGUAUCAUAAAGCCAUUC